UGUGAUUUUACUUAUGACUCGCGCAGUGCAAUUGUCAACAAGGGGCUGCUUUGUGAAUAUACUGGCAUUUGGUGAAUUCGUUUAGUUUUCUUUUGAGCAACAUUAGCUAGUUAGCUCUAUCUAAAUUGACUAAUGGAUAGUUGCAAAUAGAACGCUGUUUUGCUUUCUCUUCCAAUCGCAAUCAUCAUGGCAGAAGUAGAGGAGAAGGUAAACCUCAUCGUAUCUGUCAUUACAGCAAUGUUUUGCAGUCAAAUCGACAAUCGACUUUAUCUUCAUGCAUUGGUUUUCUAGGAAAUAAUUCAAAAAUGUAAAUGGUUUAAUUGCAUUUGCGACCUAGUAUGCAACAUUUGCGACCUAGUAUGCAACGUGAACCAUGCAUUGUAAUGGUGAAUGCAAUUUAUACAAAGACAAUUUAUACAAAGACAACAUAACGCUUUUUAUACAAAGACAACAUAACGCAAUUUAUACAAAGACAACAUAACGCUUAACAGUAUUUUCCAAGCUAGCUACUCUUGUACUAUUGCUGUAUUAUGCAUGUAAUGUAAUGAGUUUGCAGAUUGUAAAGUCUUGCCCCUAUCCAUUAAUAAACACGUAUCACUAUAAUUUAGGGCAGGAAACCAAGUGAAGAAUCCACAGAUGACUCUGAGGUAAGUGUUGUGUGCAAACAAUAUGGCCCUCCAAUAAGAAAAAUAAAUUUUAUUAAUUUAGGCUGAAGUAACUGUAGCAAACGUCUGUGCUGUCUGCAUUGAUGCUAUCCCCACCUGUAAACAUAAUGUUUUCAUGUUGUGAAAAAGUCUGGAUCAACAGCAGGAGUUACAAUGUCUGACCAUGUCAGAUGCAUGCGGUUGUGAAGUACACUGUUGCAACACACAUUUUGAUUCUGGAUAUAUCCAGCUCCUUUAAUUGUGUGUCUGGGAAGCACUAAAUAAAAUAUAGCAAGUCAGACUGAUAGGAUGAGGAGCAGCCUGUCUUUAAAUGAUACAGAGAAUGACAUGUCAGGAAUAGCCAGUACAUUGAACAAUUCCACCCCUACUCCCCAAAGAAAAACAAUUCGGAAUGGGGAGAAAAAAAAUCUCAACCAGUAAAUGAAAAGUCUGCCUGCCCCCAUCACCAGUCCACAAACAGAAUCCGCUCUACUUUAGCACACAAACACUGACAGGCAAACAAGCACCUGGGACUGCAUGAUUGUAUGUCCCCUCUGAAUUGCUACAAGGCCCUGUUUAUUUAGUUAUUGUGUUGUAGCUUGCCCAUUUGCUAUUUGCCUGUCUCCGUGGCUGGGUUGUCAGCAGACAAACUUGAUGAAGGCAGUGAGAGUGUAGCCUAUGUGUUGAAGGCUUUGCCAGAGAUUACUAGAUAGGAACCAAGUAACAUGCUCCCACCCAGUCUCUUGGCCCAUGCUCUGUAGACAGAUUCACGUUCACUAGAUUUUUUCCCCCUGGGUUGUUGUAAUAUACAUUUUCUAUCAGACCCUUAAUUUAGCAUGCCCUACUGAAUAUUUAUUAAUUGAAAAAUAAAUGUGAUGACGUGGUAGAGCCUCAUCAGCCUAAAACAACCAAAGGAAACUUACCACACUAAGAAAAGUCUGCAAAACAGUGCCUAUAGUCUCUAUGGGGCAAGAGUUUGUUGUUGUUCUGUGUUAUGGCUCUGUAAACCGUGAUAAAUGCCCAUGCAUUAGACAUUUCACAAUGGGAAUAUACAGGAAAUACACAUAGCUGUGUGGAGUGGGAAAAGAUGGUUCUUGGAAAUGACAUUCUCUUCACACACUGCCACCCACACCUCACCUUCUCCCAUAGUGCUCAUAAUAGCGGUCUUUGUUUUGUGUUGAUGCACCAUAUUGGCGACCAUAGUCUAUGCAGAAUUGGUUAUAAACUGGGUUAUGGGGAAAUUCAGGCUGUGACCGCAAAUGUACACAGGAGAAUAUGGCAGCAGCACAUAUUCUCUGGAUUCCAGGGAGGGCUGUAAUCAAUUUUGGUUCCUGGGAUGGUGUGUGGAGCAGCCAGUAGAGAGGUUGGAUGAUCUGGUUACAGGUGGAGAGUUGACUGGCCUUGGGCAUUUGUGUGACUGUGUGUAUCUAGAAACAUUUACCUUGCUGAUAGGGAAUGGGAAUUUUGUAUGAGAUUUUGUAUUGAAUUCCAUAUCUUGCUGAUAGGGAGUGGAAAUGGGAAUUCCAAAAAUUCCAUACCAAAUUCCCAUUCCCUGUCAGCAAGGUAAAUGCAUGAAUCUGUGCCAGUGUAAUAGUCUGUAUAUUACAGAUUAAUUAUGCUGGAUUGUUUCAACUGAAUCCCUCUUUAAACUAGGAGGAGGACAGUGAGGAGGAGCCUAAGCUGAAGUAUGAACGACUGGCCAAUGGGGUGACUGAGAUUCUCCAAAAGGAUGCUGCCAGCUGUAUGACUGUCCAUGAUAAGGUACAGGUCCUAACCUACCAGGGCUUUUCAGGCUAAACUACACUAGAUUUCAAAUGUAAUUGUUUAUGCACUUUUGAUAUAUAUUCAACGUUGGUUAGCAUUCUCUCUGUACAGUAUGGAGAGGCAGGCCAUUCCUUUCUCACCCUCCACAUCAGCAGCCACCAGCCAUUGUCUUUUUUCCUUUCUUCUUCCCUUUCUUCAAUCUUUUCCCUCCCCUCUUCUCUUUUUGAAUGUUGAUAUUUUUUCAGUGGGCCACUCUGAGCUGGAUGGCUAAUUGUCAUGGCACCGAGUGCACUCAUGCACGCCUGAACAGAGGACGAGUCAUACCUGGUUAUGUCUGCUCACCUGAUGUUUUAUUAACCACUAUUGAUUUUCAUUUAUUUAUUUUCUUCCCUUUUUUCUCUCCUCUCUUUCAUCCUAUGAAAAAAACAAGCGUGUCAGAGUGAGAGAUGAGACAUUGCUGUGCUGAAAUUCCAGAUUUGAUCUGACUCUCUUUCUUACCAGUGUUUUUGUGCUUGUGUACCUCCUGCCAGCUACAGUACCUGCACUGUCACACAAACCCCCGACCCAGCCAACCCCCAGCACCUUUAAAACCACCAACACCCGCAUUGCCUGAUGUUGCCUCAUAUUUUAAGUGCCUGAAUCGGGAUUUCAUUUGAACAAUUCCAUUCUGAUAAAUCCUUUUAAAAGUCACUCCGCCUCGCAGGGUUGACCCCUUUAUUUAUUUAUUUUUGGUUAUUUUAUUUGGGGAGAUUGCAGGGGCUCUGUCUGACACGCUCAGCUGUGCCUGUAAAUAUAAGCAUUUCAUUAUAGACUGCACUGAAGCAUGGUGGGCUCACCGUACACGCAGGCCUGGGGAUGGAGGGAGGGAUUAGGGGGAGGGUCUGAAGCUGGGCCUGGGUGGAAAAACGCACACUUAAUCUAAUGCCAAAAACUCCCCCAGUUUUUAUAAUUUCUUGUCCCAGCGGACAUACACACACUCUCUUACACACAUACUCAAACACACUCUCAUACGUGGCAGAAGCAGGAAACAUGCAGAACCAGUUUCUGCUCUGUAGAAAAUAAUAGCUUUAUGGUGGGCAGGAGAGGCGGUGGUUGGGUUGCUGGCGACGUGAGGAGAAGCCAGAUGUACAGUGCAUUUAUUAUGUUUAACCCUUUUAAUUUGAGAGAAAAAAUACCAUUUCACACUGUCUGCUUUAAUAAAUAGGGUUUUCCCUCCCUCUGUAAUUUCACAGUUUUUGCCCCAGAGCAAACUGAUUACACCCCAUUCUACCCACCUCCCCCAGCUAUGCUAGACAGAGUGCAUUUUUAAUCCUCUUGCCACAGCUUUCGUCAGUAUAAAAUUUGUGGAAAAAUCUUGGAUUAUUCCCAGGUGUCUUAAAGAUUAAUCUCAGGUUCAUUCCAUUUCAGUUCCUUGCACUGGGAACUCACUUUGGGAAAGUUUUCCUUCUGGACAUCCAAGGCAAUGUGACUCAGAAGUUUGAAAUUGUAAGUACUCCACUCAAUCCCAAAAGAAUCACUUGCUCUCUGCCUCAGAACUGUACCAGUCAUUUAGUGUCAAUGUUGUUGUGUUCUCUCCUCAGAGUCCAGUGAGGAUCAACCAGAUCAGCCUGGAUGAGAGCGGAGAGCAUGUGGGGAUCUGCUCCGAGGACGGCAAGGUGAGAUCUCUGCUCAGAACUGGUGGCCAUACAGGAGGGCUGCGUCCUAAAUGGCAGCCUAUUCCUACAUAGUCCGCAGGGCUCUGGUCAAAAGUAGAGCACUAUGUAAUGCAGGGGUAGGUAACCCUGAUCCAGGAGUGCCGCAAGCACUUCAUGUUUGUGAUUUUACCGACCUGGAAGACCAGUUGUGUUGAAUUUAGGCAAUCACUAAACUGAUCAAUUAGGUCAGGUGUGGUGUCUAGUUGGAACAAGAUCCUGCAGUACCUGCAGCACUCCAGGAACAGGGUUGCCUACCGCUGAUGUAGAGAAUAGGAUGCCAUUUGGGAUGUAUCCUAGAUUUCUGCACCACCAUUAGGUGGUAUGCAUGACACAUUCUGACAUUCAACACUUUCCACUUACCCCAUGCAAUUAUACAAUUUAAUGAACUCAUAUCAAUUCCAAAAGCAAAGGAUAUUCCUGUUCAUAUUUAGGAUUUAAUAGAACUUGUUACCUGGAGAAAGGGAGUUUAGAAAUCUGUGACCCCGUUGUCAUAGACGAUUUACAAACCAGAAGCUAUAUCAAAUCAAAUCUUAUUUGUCAGAUGCGCCAAAUACAACAGGUGUAGACCUUACUGUGAAAUGCUUACUUACAAGUAUCUUCCUCAUACCUGUUUACUUUCAUAAAUCUACACAUUUCUAGGGAUUUUGAACGAGCACAUGUUCAUGCCCAUGUUGUGAGGGGGAAGACUCUCCCAUCCAUCCGCCUGCCUAUCAGUCAUCAGAUUUCUAUGGAUACCCUCUCAGUGUUUUCUGCUUUGUUGUUAUCUUUCCUAUCCUGAUCAUUAUUACCAUCCUUCAUGGAUGCUGCAGUCCAGAUAUGCUCUUUGAUAUCGCCCCCUCGCACGCACUCCAGCGGCAAAACAAGAUCUUGUCGCACAGAAAGUGGCGGCAACAAUUAAAAUUGUCGCCACCGCAGUUGUUCAUCCUCGACCAAUUCAGUUUGCUGUUAAUCCAUGUCGAUCCCUUCAGAUAAACCAGAAUAAUCUAUGCGAUUCAAGAUGGAGAGUGCAAAGGGCGUGAUGAUGUUUCUUUUUGUGAAACUUUUUUUUGACACGGAUAGUCAAGCUGUGGGACAGUAUCAUUGUUGCAUUAGAUAUCGCUGUAGCUACACUAACUGCAGCUGUGGUAAAACCCUGGUAUCAAAGCACUGGAGGGUUCAGAGAAUCAACCUGUCCACUAAUUGGUGACCUGGCAGAUGGCUAGCAGUGAUCCAAUCAAAGUCUUACUGUCCAGAACUCCCCCUGCAUACACAACAGUGACUCCGUAACACUCAGACUGCGCCCAGACAGCUAGACAGACAUUAAUUAGGGACAGAGAUGUGUUUUGCUGAAGGCUCUGGUCUAUUCAAUGAAACCCUGUAACUAGGUUGGAAAAACAUUAUAUAUAUUUACUUUUUUAUCGUUUCAUUAUUUUUCAUGUCAUACUUUACUGACUGAUCCUUUCUUGUCAUUCUAUCAUGUCUUUAUUGUAGGUUCAAGUGUUUGGACUCUACACAAGGGAAGGCUUCCAUGAGAACUUUGACUGUCCUGUCAAAGUAAGCAGAUGUCAUAUACUUAUUUUAACUUCAUUCUUUUAUGACAAGUUGAGAGUAUAUGUACCGGGUGGUAUAAAUAUUGUCAGCGCAUCUCCAGAUAGCCCACACCAUUGCUUGUAAACUCUUGGUCCGUUCUAAAUUGAUCAAAUUGCCGUGUUCUCCAGGUGGUGGCGCUACACCCUCGGUUCAGCAGUUCAAACUACAAACAAUUUGUCACUGGUGGCAACAAGGUGAGAUUUAAAGGUAUUUUUCAAUGUGGGUACAGUAUACAGCCCAUCUCAAGUGUUAGCAGGAGUGUAGUUGAAAACUGUUGCAGAUUAGCUCAUGUGGACAGAUCUCUAUAUUCAUGUUUUAGUUAACAAAUAUUUAGCAUAAAUGAGCCUUUGUUUUAUAAAAUAAUUCAUUUAGAUUUUGUUCUGGUGAAACAGAAUCACUUGAGCCUCCCCCCUUGUGCUUGGUUGAUGGCUGUGCACACAUAGGCCUUUGUUCGCUGGUGUGAAAGCCUCCUACUUUCCCCUGUCUCUCUUCUAGAGUGCACUCCGGGGCGAGCGGCCCAUUUUCACAAAGUGCUGCUCGCUCAACAGUGUUUGCAAGGCAAUGCUUCACAAGCACACCAAAUAGAUUAUCAUUAUCAGGAGGACCCAUAGUCUUAGGGUCCCGGGCAGGCUGACACACAGCAGUCUCUUCUCUAACAUACCCCAAAUUUGUCUCAGACUCCGAAAACACUUUAUAUGUUAGGUACUAAUGUUCCCUUUUCAUUGCCAAAGACUGCAGUCUGCCGCAACACCACCAAAUGAUACAAUAGACAAGAAAUCUGUACUGUACAAUCCCCCCAACAUCAUUGGGGAAAAAAGUUGUAUACAUAUCUACAACACUUGCGAAGGUGAAAGUGUUUAAGCUGCUCGACUCCUCCAAUCCACCUUUCUUUUCUUAUGAAAUGCACAUUGUUAGUGUUAUUUUGCCAUUUUCUCACAAUUGGUACUGAUUUAUUUCCUCUACGUGUGCUCAAGACCCUCCAUAAAGCACCCUGUGAUGAAAAUCAAUAAGCCUCAAAUGGAGCCACAUCCUGUCAAAGGCAAUUCAAUUCUGUCUCCACAGUUCUUCCAGUGUCAUAUCCUCUCUUUGUGGAGAGAACUGUUAACAUUUCCAGACUUGAAUUAAAGGCCGGGGCUGUCUCCCUCUCGCCGCACUUCCCCGCUCCUAAUAACUAAAGGCUAUUGUACACCCGUCUGUAUGACUGUGACACUGAGAGAUGCUUUUAAAGGCCUGAAAUGCUUUUUAUGUAUAUGGCCUUCUCUGAGGUGAAGCCACAGCCGAAUGAAAAGAGUGACUACAGCCAUCAUUAUGUCUCAAAGCCAUUGACGAGAAUCAGUGAUUUAGAGAAAUACGAUGUAGGCCGUCAAACCUACUGAAAUAAUUAAGUUCUCAAGAAUUGAUUUUGUCAGUCUUGUAUUAUGAAGGAGAUCUGUGUUUGAAGAUCAAAUAAUCUUUUAUGCCAUCUUUAGUUUUCCCUUCCAGUUCUUUACUCACAUCAUGUCAUACAUCACAUUGAUCGGUUAGGUGAAUCAUAUAAAGACAAGAUCAUGUGUGCUCACUGAGUUGAGAUAGAUGGUGUUGAAAGACAGUGUCUGUUUACUUAAUGUUUAUGAUAAAGCUCAAGUUGAAACAAUCCUCCCACUCUUGGAGACCCACUGACACAACAGACUGUCCUCCUGUCCCUGUGCUCUACUGCCCUCUGGUGGUGGAAAUACAAGAACCACAAACCACCGCUCUAAGGACACGAUUGCUUGUGCCUGUCUUGAAACAAUGGUGGUAAGUUGGAUAUUAAUGGCACACAUGGUUCUGAUUUGAAAUGUUUUCAUGUUGCUCGCCCAAGCUUCUUCUGUACGAGAGGAACUGGCUGAACCGUUGGAAGACGUCCACUCUGCACGAAGGGGAGGGCACCAUCACUAACGUCCAGUGGAGGGCCAAUCUCAUCGCCUGGGCCAACAAUGUGGUAUGGACAACAGUCAAUGCUUCAGAUACAUUGGCUAUACAAGAAACAUGGUGGACUUUUAUUGUAUCUGUUUGGAAUUAUAAUUUUUUGCAUCAUACAGCAUGUCAUCUUAAAUAGACACGUUGACAUGUCUGUCACAAACAUGCCAUACAGUGCAUUAGACAUGCAAGGACAUAUUAUAGUGAAUAUACUCUGUCUUGGUCUCUUUCAGGGGGUGAAAAUCUAUGACAUCAGCACCAAACAACGAAUCACCAACGUCUUACGGGAUAACGUUAGCCUGCGGCCUGAUAUGUACCCAUGCAGUCUGUGCUGGAAAGACAACUCCACCCUCAUCAUCGGCUGGGGCUCCACCGUUAAGAUCUGUGCCGUGAAGGAGAGGGACCACACAGAGAUGAGAGACCUUCCUAGCCGUUAUGUGGAAAUUGGUGAGGGCAGGGAAUGCAUGUGCUAGUCACAGUAUUAAUGUACCAACACGUUUUGUAGAGCUUUACUGUGACAGAAUGUGGAGGUGAUGUGGAGUAAUUUGGGCUUCUCUCUUGCAGUGUCUGCAUUUGAAACCGAGUUCUUCAUCAGUGGCCUGGCGCCUCUAGCAGACCAGCUGGUCAACCUGUACUUUGUGAAGGAAAACUCUGACCACAUGGUACUGUUUGGUUAGAUACUGUAUGAUGGAAUGGCUUAAGUGGUCAGACAUGGUACUUAAAUGUUGAUUUGGUCAACAUGUUUACAUGUGUUUAUUACAUAACUGUGUGUAUGUGUUUACAUAAGUGUGUGUGUGUAUUUGAUCAGGAGGAGGAGUUCAGAGCGCGGCCUCGUCUGGACAUCAUUCAGCCUCUCCCAGAGGGCUUUGAGGAAAUCUCAUCAGAUGCCCUGACCGUCCGCAACUUCCAGGAGAAUGAGUGUCGAGACUACCAGCUGGGUGAGUCAGUCAGAAACCUCUCCCCGGCAAACACUACUCCGAGAGACUCUGUAUUUCCAUAUUCUAGCUACUUUAACCUACUAUGCAGGAUAUAUCACAUGCUCUGUCCUGUACCCUCAUGUCAACAGAACAUUCUGAGGGAGAAUCCCUUUUCUACAUCAUCAGCCCUAAAGACAUCGUGGUGGCCAAAGAGAGAGACCAGGAUGACCACAUUGACUGGCUGCUGGACAAGAAGAAGUAUGAGGUCAGUGUUUUAAGGAUCCAAUCAAGCAGACUUGAUUUCAGUAUUUUGCUGCGUUGUACAGUAUCUUCUCAGUGAUCAGUUGAGAGCAGAUUUUCAGGAAAUGUGUUGCAUUGAGAUACAUAUUAUAAACCUUAUAAGACAUAAGAUAUGCAUGCUUAUAACAAGUAAUAAUGCAUUAUACCUGUCGGCUGUUGCCACAACUUUUUUUCUCUUACAGGAAGCUCUGAUGGCUGCUGAGAUCAGCUUCAAGAACAUUAAACGCCAUGAAAUCCAGGUACUGCAUUGGUCAUGUUCUAUUCCUACCUUGAAUAUUGCUAUUCCUUGCUAUUCACUCUCUAUUGCUACUCCUAUUUUACCUACACGUGUAUUUUAACGGAUCCCACCAUAAGUCAACCCACUUUAGCAAAUUAACUACGCAAAGGUUAGUAAAGUAACCUUUCUUCUCAGUUCAAAAUCUCAAAAUCACAUGAUGCACACCAGAUGAAACUACAGAAGAUACAACACUUGAUGAAAUUACAGAAGACACAGUCCACAUACUUGUAAGUAAGCAUUUCACAGUAAGGUCUACACCUGUUGUAUUUGGCGUUAAAUCCCGCUAUGCCCUCCGACGAACCAUCACAGGCAAAGCAUCAAUACAGGACUAAGAUUUAAUCGUACUACACUGGCUCUGAUGCUCGUCGGAUGCGGCAGGGCUCGUAAACUAUUACAGACUACAAAGGGAAGCACAGCCGCGAGCUGCCCAGUGACACGAGCCGCCCAGUGACACGAGCCUACCAGACGAGCUAAAUCACUUCUAUGCUCGCUUCGAGGCAAGCAACACUGAAGCAUGCAUGAGAGCAUCAGCUGUUCCGGAUGACUAUGUGAUCACGCUCUCCGUAGCCGAUGUAAGUAAGACUUUUAAGCAGGUCAACAUUCACAAGGCCGCAGGGCCAGACGGAUUACCAGGAUGUGUACUCCGAGCAUGCGCUGACCAACUGGCAAGUGUCUUCACUGACAUUUUCAACCUGUCCCUGACUGAGUCUGUAAUAUCAACAUGUUUCAAGCAGACCACCAUAGUCCCUGUGCCCAAGAACACUAAGGUAACCUGCCUAAAUGACUACAGACCCGUAGCACUCACAUCUGUAGCCAUGAAGUGCUUUGAAAGGCUGGUCAUGGUUCACAUCAACACCAUUAUCCCAGAAACCCUAUACCCACUCCAAUUUGCAUACCACCCCAACAGAUCCACAGAUGAUGCAAUCUCUAUUGCACUCCACACUGCCCUUUCCCACCUGGACAAAAGGAACACCUACGUGAUAAUGCUAUUCAUUGACUAAAGCUCAGCGUUCAACACCAUAGUGCCCUCAAAGCUCAUCACUAAGCUAAGGACCCUGGGACUAAACACCUCCCUCUGCAACUGGAUCCUGGACUUCCUGACGGGCCGCCCCCAGGUGGUAAGGGUAGGUAACAACACAUCUGCCACGCUGAUCCUCAACACAGGGGACCCUCAGGGGUGUGUGCUCAGUCCUCUCUUGUACUCCCUGUUCACCCAUGACUGCAUGGCCAGGCAUGACUCCAACACCAUCAUUAAGUUUGCCAACGACACAACAGGCCUGAUCACCGAAAACGAUGAGACAGCCUAUAGGGAGGAGGUCAAAGACCUGGCCGUGUGGUGCCAGGAUAACAACCUUUCCCUCAACGUGAUCAAGACAAAGGAGAUGAUUGUGUAGUACAGGAAAAGAAGGACCAAGCACGCCCCCAUUCUCAUCGAUGGGGCUGUAGUGGAGCAGGUUGGAGCUUCAAGUUCCUUGGUGUCCACAUCACUAACAAACUAUCAUUGUCCAAACACACCAAGGCAGUCGUGAAGAGGGCACGACAAAGCAUAUUCUCCCUCAGGAGACUGAAAAGAUUUGGCAUGGGUCCUCAGAUCCUCAAAACGUUCUACAGCUGCACCAUGGAGAGCAUCCUGACUGGUUGCAUCACUGCCUGGUAUGGCAACUGCUCGGCCUCCGACCGCAAGGCACUACAGAGGGUAGUAAUAUACGGCCCAGUGUACAUCACAGGGGCCAAGCUUCCUGCCAUCUAACAAUUGUCAAAGACUCCAGCCACCCUAGUCAUAGACUGUUCUCUCUGCUACCGCACGGCAAGCGGUACCGGAGCGCCAAGUCUAGGUCCAAAAGGCUUCUUAACAGCUUCUACCCCCAAGCUAUAAGACUCCUGAACAGCUAAUGAAAUGGUUACCCUGACUAUUUGCAUUGUCCCCCCCCCCCUAAUGGAGUUUCUCUUCUGUUCUAAUCAGAAAAUUGGGAUGGCUUACAUAAAUCACCUGGUGGAGAAGGGUGACUACGACACUGCUGCCAGGUACUACAGCCUUUUUAGUUAUUUCUGUUAAGUGUUUCUUCUGCAAAAUACCAGUACAAGGAGUAGAUGAAGUGAUUGUUCCCUCUCUCUCUCUCGUUCUCUUCAAUCCAGGAAGUGUCAGAAGGUGCUGGGGAAAAACAUGGAACUCUGGGAAAAUGAGGUGUACAGGUUUAAAACCAUUGGGCAGUUGAAGGUGAGUCAGGCCACCUUGUGACCAUUUAAAGUGAUAGGGCCGGGACGAUACCAGUAUCACGAUACUCCUUAGUAUCGUGGCAAGGAAACCAAACACAAAGCAGAUUUAACUUCUUUAGGAGAACAGCCCUAAUGUUGGAAACAAACAUCAUUAUGUUGUCAUCCAGUCACAUGUAUUUAUUUUCCAAGCUAUAGGACACAAUAUUUUACAUACAGCAGGUUUUUAAAGGACCAAAGAGUUUGGUCUGCUUCACGUUUUCAUUUUUGCCAUGGAAAAAAUAUUGCUAUACAGGUGUCUUCCCGGCCCUAAGAAGUGAUGAAUUAUGGCAUUAAAGACUUUAAGUACAGUGAGGGGAAAAAAGUAUUUGAUCCCCUGCUGAUUUUGUACGUUUGCCCACUGACAAAGACAUGAUCAGUCUAUAAUUUUAAUGGUAGGUUUAUUUGAACAGUGAGGGACAGAAUAACAACAAAAAAAUCCAGAAAAACGCAUGUCAACAAUGUUAUAAAUUGAUUUGCAUUUUAAUGAGGGAAAUAAGUAUUUGACCCCUCUGCAAAACAUGACUUAGUACUUGGUGGCAAAACCCUUGUUGGCAAUCACAGAGGUCAGACGUUUCUUGUAGGCCACCAGGUUUGCACACAUCUCAGGAGGGAUUUUGUCCCACUCCUCUUUGCAGAUCUUCUCCAAGUCAUUAAGGUUUCGAGGCUGACGUUUGGCAACUCGAACCUUCAGCUCCCUCCACAGAUUUUCUAUGGGAUUAAGGUCUGGAGACUGGCUAGGCCACUCCAGGACCUUAAUGUGCUUCUUCUUGAGCCACUCCUUUGUUGCCUUGGCCGUGUGUUUUGGGUCAUUGUCAUGCUGGAAUACCCAUCCACGACUCAUUUUCAAUGCACUGGCUGAGGGAAGGAGGUUCUCACCCAAGAUUUGACGGUACAUGGCCCCGUCCAUCGUCCCUUUGAUGCGGUGAAGUUGUCCUGUCCCCUUAGCAGAAAAACACCCCCAAAGCAUAAUGUUUCCACCUCCAUGUUUGACGGUGGGGGUGGUGUUCUUGGGGUCAUAGGCAGCAUUCCUCCUCCUCCAAACACGGCGAGUUGAGUUGAUGCCAAAGAGCUCCAUUUUGGUCUCAUCUGACCACAACACUUUCACCCAGUUCUCCUCUGAAUCAUUCAGAUGUUCAUUGGCAAACUUCAGACGGGCCUGUAUAUGUGAUUUCUUGAGCAGGGGGACCUUGCGGGCACUGCAGGAUUUCAGUCCUUCACGGCGUAGUGUGUUACCAAUUGUUUUCUUGGUGACUAUGGUUCCAGCUGCCUUGAGAUCAUUGACAAGAUCCUCCCGUGUAGUUCUGGGCUGAUUCCUCACCGUUCUCAUGAUCAUUGCAACUCCACGAGGUGAGAUCUUGCAUGGAGCCCCAGGCCAAGGGAGAUUGACAGUUCUUUUGUGUUUCUUCCAUUUGCGAAUAAUCGCACCAACUGUUGUCACCUUCUCACCAAGCUGCUUGGCGAUGGUCUUGUAGCCCAUUCCAGCCUUGUGUAGGUCUACAAUCUUGUCCCUGACAUCCUUGGAGAGCUCUUUGGUCUUGGCCAUGGUGGAGAGUUUGGAAUCUGAUUGAUUGAUUGCUUCUGUGGACAGGUGUCUUUUAUACAGGUAACGAGCUGACAUUAGGAGCACUCCCUUUAAGAGUAUGCUCCUAAUCUCAGCUCGUUACCUGUAUAAAAGACAACUGGGAGCCAGAAAUCUUCUGAUUGAGAGGGGGUCAAAUACUUAUUUCCCUCAUUAAAAUGCAAAUCAAUUUAUAACAUUUUUGACAUGCGUUUUUCUGGAUUUUGUUGUUGUUAUUCUAUCUCUCACUGUUCAAAUAAACCUACCAUUAAAAUUAUAGACUGAUCAUUUCUUUGUCAGUGGGCAAACGUACAAAAUCAGCAGGGGAUCAAAUACUUUUUUCCCUCACUGUAAGUUUUAGAAGGAACAAUACUCUCAGUGUUGCCCUCAGUAUUAACUGUUGUUGUAAUUAUCUCUUUAUCAUUUUCUCCUCCCCAUAUAUCCUCAUAUAACUCUCUCUCAUCUCUCUCCUUUGGUCCCCCCCACCUCUCCUUUGGUCUCUGCCUCUCCAGGCCAUCAGUCAAUACUUGCCCAGAGGGGACAUGCGUCUCAGACCUGCCAUCUAUGAGAUGAUCUUAAAUGAGUUUCUAAAGACUGACUAUGAGGUAUGUCCGUCUGUUCCUGGUGGUCUUCUUACAUUUUUUGAUUCUAGUAUUAUAACAAGUACUCAAGAAGAACCAAAUAUAGUAGAUGCAAAUAUGAACUCAUUUACCCAGCCUCUCUCUGCAACCUCUCUCUCCAAGGGCUUUGCCACGUUGAUCCGUGAGUGGCCAGGAGAGCUCUACAAUAACAUGACCAUUGUUCAGGCAGUCGCCGACCACCUCAAGAAGGACCCCACGAACAGCACCCUGCUCACCACACUGGCUGAACUGUGAGUGACUCUCCACUGGUUUCACCAUUUUCAUUGACUUCAUAACCUUUCAAUUGUUGCAAUAUCCAUUUCCCUCUGAUAGAUUGAGAGAGUUUGAAGUGCCACUAAGCUACGUCUUUGUAAUGUCCAUGCAGGUAUACAUAUGACCAACGGUAUGACCGAGCCCUGGAGAUCUACCUGAGACUGAGGCAUAAAGAUGUUUACCAGCUGAUCCACAAACACAACCUCUUCUCCUCCAUAGAAGACAAGAUUGUGCUCCUCAUGGACUUUGAUAAAGAGGUGGGUAGCCAGAACAUAAUGCAUCAUCCUUUGAUAAAGUAGACUCCUUGCUGUAUCAUAGGACCUUGCACCUGUAUAGCUGUGUUGUGUAUAAUUGUCCUUACUUGAAUAGUAAUAUCAUCUUGCCUUUUUUAAAGUUGGUCUUUGAGUGCUUUAAGCUGUGAGAAAGUCAUGGAAAACCUUUGCCAAGAGUCAUCGUGCCUCACACAGCUCUUAAUGCAUUUUGAUUGUAAAACCACAAAGGUCAUAAGUCACUUUGUGUGUAUCCCUGUCUGAAGAAUGGGCUCUCUUUAUUUGUGCUGUCAGAAAGCUGUCGACAUGCUCCUGGAUAAUGAAGACAAAAUAUCGGUAUGUGUACCUUGCUACCCUUGAUCUUUCAUAUAGUUUCAAAUAAAAAUACAUGCUGUUCGCUAACCAUGUUUCUGUCUUCGAUGUUCUACAGAUUGACAGAGUGGUGGAGGAACUCAGGGACAGACCUGAGCUGCUACACAUUGUGAGUCACACUUUACAAGGUCUUUAGUGAUUUAAAGUUUCUAAUUUCCUAUGAUUAUCUUGAUUGAAAAUUGUCUGAGUUUAACAAUGCAUUUCCCCCCUUCCUUCAGUACUUACACAAACUGUUCAAGAGGGACCACCACAAGGGUCAGAGGUACCAUGAGAGACAAAUUGGCCUGUAUGCUGAGUACGAUCGGCCCAACCUACUGCCAUUCCUGAGGGACAGCAUCCACUGCCCACUAGAAAAGGUACUUAGAGUCACUUUCACACUGUGUGCUCAAAUACAAAUGCCCAUGAAGUACAUUUCUUCUAAUUUAGAUUUAUAUUAUCUUAUCAAGUAUGUCAGAUACAGUAUCUCACAAGUGAGUACACCCCUCACAUUUUUGUAAAUAUUUGAGUAUAUCUUUUCAUGUGACAACACUGAAGAAAUGACACUUUGCUACAAUGUAAAGUAGUGAGUGUACAGCUUGUAUAACAGUGUAAAUUUGCUGUCCCCUCAAAAUAACACAACACACAGCCAUUAAUGUCUAAACCGCUGGCAACAAAAGUGAGUACACCCCUAAGUGAAAAUGUCCAAAUUGGGCCCAAAGUGUCAAUAUUUUGUGUGGCCACCAUCAUUUUCCAGCACUGCCUUAACCCUCUUGGGCAUGGAGUUCACCAGAGCUUCACAGGUUGCCGCUGGAGUCCUCUUCCACUCCUCCAUGACGACAUCACGGAGCUGGUGGAUGUUAGAGACCUUGCACUCCUCCACCUUCCAUUUGAGGAUGCCCCACAGAUGCUCAAUAGGGUUUAGGUCUGGAGACAUGCUUGGCCAGUCCAUCACCUUUACCCUCAGCUUCUUUAGCAAGGCAGUGGUCGUCUUGGAGGUGUGUUUGGGGUCGUUAUAAUGUUGGAAUACUGCCCUGCGGCCCAGUCUCCGAAGGGAGGGGAUCAUGCUCUGCUUCAGUAUGUCACAGUACAUGUUGGCAUUCAUGGUUCCCUCAAUGAACUGUAGCUCCCCAGUGCCGGCAGCACUCAUGCAGCCCCAGACCAUGACACUCCCACCACCAUGCUUGACUGUAGGCAAGACACACUUGUCUUUGUACUCCUCACCUGGUUGCCGCUACACACGCUUGACACCAUCUGAACCAAAUACGUUUAUCUUGGUCUCAUCAGACCACAGGACAUGGUUCCAGUAAUCCAUGUCCUUAGUCUGCUUGUCUUCAGCAAACUGUUUGCAGGCUUUCUUGUGCAUCAUCUUUAGAAGAGGCUUCCUUCUGGGACGACAGCCAUGCAGACCAAUUUGAUGCAGUGUGCGGCGUAUGGUCUGAGCACUGACAGGCUGACCCCCCACCCCUUCAACCUCUGCAGCAAUGCUGGCAGCACUCAUACGUCUAUUUCCCAAAGACAACCUCUGGAUAUGACGUUGAGCACGUGCACUCAACUUCUUUGGUCGACCAUGGCGAGGCCUGUUCUGAGUGGAACCUGUCCUGUUAAACCACUGUAUGGUCUUGGCCACCAUGCUGCAGCUCAGUUUCAGGGUCUUGGCAAUCUUCUUAUAGCCCAGGCCAUCUUUAUGUAGAGCAACAAUUCUUUUUUUCAGAUCCUCAGAGAGUUCUUUGCCAUGAGGUGCCAUGUUGAACUUCCAGUGACCAGUAUGAGGGAGUGUGAGAGCGAUGACACCAAAUUUAACACACCUACUCCCCAUUCACACCUGAGACCUUGUAACACUAAUGAGUCACAUGACACCGGGGAGGGAAAAUGGCUAACUGGGCCCAAUUUGGACAUUUUCACUUAGGGGUGUACUCACUUUUGUUGCCAGCGAUUUAGACAUUAAUGGCUGUGUGUUGAGUUAUUUUGAGGGGACAGCAAAUUUACACUGUUAUACAAGCUGUACACUCACUACUUUAUAUUGUAGCAAAGUGUCAUUUCUUCAGUGUUGUCACAUGAAUAGAUAUACUCAAAUAUUUACAAAAAUGUGAGGUGUGUACUCACUUUUGUGAGAUACUGUACAUUAGAACCAUAAUGAAUCAUCUUACUUGUACAAUUCUUCAGGCUCUGGAGAUUUGUCAGGAGAGAAACUUUGUGGAGGAGACUGUCUUCCUGCUCAGUAAGUGACCCCUUACAGUUUCUGUUUGUAACUCUCAUGAAUAAGCCAUUAUAAAUGCUCAUUAGUGCUUUAUAAAUUGUUACAAAGGCUUCUAGAUAUGAGGGGCAAGCUGAACUAAACCUCCAGCCAGUCAGGUAAUUAACUGCAUUUGGUCUGAGGAAACUGACCCACUGUAACUUGCCCCUCAUAGGCAGGAUGGGGAACUGUAGACGGGCCCUUCAGAUGAUCAUGGAGGAACUGGAGGAUGUGGACAAGGCCAUAGAGUUUGCUAAGGAGCAGGAUGACGCUGAGCUGUGGGAGGAUCUCAUCUCCUAUUCCAUUGAUAAGCCACGUAAGUCACAUGAAUACAGAAGCACUUUCAAAUAAGCAGGUCUACAACAUAGUGUUUCCAUGACUGUCAUUUUAAGUUUCAAUUUUUUUCCUCUUUCUCAAGCCUUCAUUACUGGUCUCCUUAAUAACAUUGGGACACAUGUGGAUCCCAUCUUGCUCAUCCACCGCAUAAAGGAGGGAAUGGAGAUUCCUAACCUCCGAGAUUCUCUGGUCAAAAUCCUACAGGACUACAACCUGCAGGUCAGAAUAUCAGCCAUCACAUAGUGUACCUAGAAUAUCACCGUAACAACAGAUGAACAGUCCAGCCUUGCCUCUUCUCUUAAAGGUUAUUGUUUCUCUGUAUCUCAGAUCUUGCUGCGGGAGGGCUGUAAGAAGAUCUUAGUGGCUGACUCGCUCUCCCUGCUCCAAAAGAUGCAUAGGACUCAGAUGAGAGGAGUCCGAGUGGAUGGUGGGUAGAUGGUCAGUUUGAAUAUGUGUUAAUGUUUACUGCUUAAGAUUGACUUAAACCUUGUUAUUGUUGUAUUUUUCAGAAGAGAACAUCUGUGAAUCCUGUCACGCUUCAAUAUUACCAUCAGGUGGGCUUACCUUCUUUAACAUUAUACAAUAUUAUAUUUUAUAUUCUUAUACAGUGUCUACACUACAGUAUUAUAAUUGGGAUGCUUCUUACCAUCAUUAUAUUUAAAGUUAUUCAACACACCUCUAUUCAGUUAUGGCUCUAGCUAAUGAACUCAUCUGAUGAGGUGGAGCUAGAUGCUGUUAUGCUGAAUUAGAUUCUCAGACAUUUAUUAAUGUAUUUGCUCCUUUGUUGUAGAUAUGGCCCAGAACUUCAGUGUGGUGGUCUUCCACUGCAGACACAUGUUCCACAAGGAGUGUUUACCUUCUCCCGGAACAGUAAGUAUCUGCUCCAUUAUCUCCCCUUCUCUUUCUCACUGCAUAUGGACUUUCAGAUGAGAGCAGCAGACUAGGGACUAAUAUGGCUUUUGCUUUUCACUUUCAGAUUCCUGGAGUCCAGUUUUGCAACAUCUGCAGUGCAAAGCGGAGAGGACCAGGAAGUGGGAUACUGGAGAUGAAAAAGUGACAGGAAAUGCUCACCUUAUCAUGCCAUCGCUUAUUCUUUCCCCAGUUGGGAUGAAUGGCAGUCUCUGGGUUGAUAGAUUUUAGCUUUUUCCUUUGCUACAGUGUGUUCUGUUGUAUCAAUGCAUAUUAUGUCAUUAUAUUAACUGUUACCAAAACAAAAUAAUAAAUGUUGCACUAUGACCUCUUAAUACA